AUUAUCAAACGUCGAAGAAAUGUGUGGCGGUGCACCAAGCUCACCAAAUAAAUUUUCCACCACACAACCACGACCAUCUCUAUCUUCCGUCCCUCUCUAAAAAAGAGUAAAAUCAAGUUUUGUCCCCUCCAUCUUCUUCUGAUUCCAAUGGCGCGGGCAAAUCCUCUAACCCUCACCACUCUCCUCUCCCUCCUCCUCAUCCCCCUCCUCCGCGCCCCGCCCGUCCGAGCCAAUGCCGACGAGACCAGCAUCCAGCUGGUCACAGACGAGCUGGAGUACUGGCCGCCGGCGUCGACAAUGUCACUCUACGACGCCGACCAGUUCGACGCCGGCGGCGACGAGGUGGACCCAGACGGCGUGGCAAUCGGCCGGCGGUCACUGUUCUGGCGCUCAAUAAUGCGGUACUACAUCUCGUACGGCGCGCUCUCCGCCAACAGAAUCCCGUGCCCGGCUCGCUCUGGUAGGUCCUACUACACCCACAACUGUUACCACGCUAGAGGCCCUGUUCAUCCUUACACCAGAGGUUGCUCCAGAAUCACUCGUUGCCGCAGAUAAGGAAUUCUGUACUUAAAUCUCUAAGACAAAAAUAAUGGACUUGUCUGGUCAAUGUAGUUGUAGUUGUAUAAUCAGUCGAUCUGUUUUCGUGUGUCUUUGGUUUGGUGGAUGUAGCUUUCGAGUUUAAUUUGUUUUUGUGAUUUCUUUUUUUGUGGGUUUGGGGAGUCUCAGUCGUCUUUCGAUGUGGUAAGGGAAGGAUGGAUUUGUGUUCUGUAAUGUUUUCCAAUAUAUCUGAAAACAGGACUGGCGUUUAUGAA